AGCUUACGCAAACAAUUGCUCAGCACAUGGUAGGGACACAUAGGGAAAGUAAAUUUUAGGAAUUUCAAGAUAUACAUUUUGAUACAAACAUAGUUUCGAAUGGAAAUUAAUACCACGUCUUUGCUGCCGUACGUGCUGGAUCUGCUGAGCCGUCAGCCGAAUCUGUGCACAUCCGUGGAUGCGCUGUGUGAGAUGAUACAGGACGUGGUAAUGGACGAUGUGAUUAGUCCGUUUGGCUCACUCAAGCGGGCUGUGGAGUUUUCAGUGGAGCUUGGUACGAACCUUGGUUUACUCUUAGUGAGCGAUAAGCGAAUACGCAUGCCCUUCAACUUGCGUGCGAAAAAAGACGCAAUAUCGAACCAAGUUGCAAGCGGAGCUACGCACGUGGCGGAGCACGAAAGACAGGUGAUCAAAAGCCUAGCCAAGACAUUGAAGGAUCCUAGAAAUGGUGUUCUCAAACCCAAGAACAAUGUCACAAGGCGACCAAAAAUUAUUAGCAAUCAUUUAGCUACUCGUUCAAAAGCCAGCAGAAAGCGCAAACGAACCAAGAAGCAGCUCUAUCGCCAAGCCUGCAGGUCUUCCGGCCCGUAUUAAAGUUUUACAUUUAUCUGUCGAUUUGUUUUUUUGGCAUUGCUGUAUUAAAGUGGGUCAACAUGCGUUGGCAAAGCUACUGGCACACACACUUGGACUAAUUAACGGG